UUCCCUUGUUCAGAUGUUUCUGGUGGUUUUUCUGUGAGCGUUGGCUGAAGCUGAGAAGGAUCCACUCUGAAGCAGUGUCUGUAACGAGCCAUCAUGGUCCGCCUCACCAUGGAUCUGAUUGCCAAAUCCAGCAACCAUUUCAAAAACAAGAGAAGCUACUCCCUCCCAAAGUACCUCAAGAAACUCACUCAUCUGAACUUCUCCAACAGGAACAUAGAGGACAUUGACGAUCUCUCCAUGUGCAGAAACCUCACAGUCCUCUACCUGUACGACAAUCAGAUCAGCCAGAUCUGCAACCUGGGUUUUGCCUCCAACCUCACUCACCUAUACAUGCAGAACAACAACAUCACUCACAUAGAUAACCUCUCCGGCCUGCAGAAGCUCUCCAAACUGUACCUGGGGGGAAACAGCAUCACGGUGGUGGAGGGGUUAGAGGAGCUGGGGGAGCUGAAGGAGCUCCACAUGGAGGGCCAGAGACUCCCCAGUGGAGAGAAGCUGCUCUUUGACCCCAGGACUCUCCUCUCCCUUGCUGAAUCUCUAGGUGUCUUGAAUAUCAAUAAGAACAACAUAGAUGAUGUCAGAGAUCUUGCCAUUCUAAAGAAACUCACACAUUUCUUUGCUGCAGACAACCAGCUACAGGACAUGCAGGAUAUAGAGUUGGUGUUCAGCCAAUGGCCUCAGCUGCAUCGAAUGGAUUUGAGUGGAAAUCCUGUGUGCCACAAACCCAAGUACAGAGACAGGCUGAUAACUGUGUGCAAAAGCCUGAACGAACUUGAUGGGAAGGAAAUUAAUGAGUUGUCCAGGCAGUUCCUGAUUAACUGGAAAGCGUCGAAAGAUGCCAAGAAAAAACUGAAAGAUGAAAGAAUCAUGACAGGCCAGAUCACCUAUCCCUUUACUGACUUCCACAUGGGCCCCCAUCCUUCAUCCAAAUAUAACUGUGCCAACGUCCUGGGAAAGAGGAAUCCUCCGGGGUGUGGGAGACCCAGCAGGAAGGUCCGCUCAGAACACUCACAACUGGACAGCGCAGCAAUGAGGCCACGGAACGUGAAGAUCCCAGUGAGUGCGGGGCUGCUUAGUGAUGUGGCCGACAAUGCUAAAGUCUGCGGCCUGUAAGACGGACAUGCCAGCUCUGCUAACACACAUUCACUCUGGUGACCCUCUAAUACACACACACACAUAAUAUACACUCUGGUGACCCUCUCACAUACACUCUGGUGACCCUCUCACAUACACUCUGGUGAACCUCUAACACACACACACACAAAUAAUAUACACUCUGGUGACCCUCUCACGCCUAAACUUUACCUUACAGAAAACACAUAGCCAGUGCUUGACUUGGGCAGGAGCUCACUAGAGCUGAGUACCAGCACCUAAAAUGUUCUACUGCUUGAGCUCCUGCAUCUCUUAUAGAAUAUUAACUAGAAACUAUUGUGGAACUCCUGCAACUAAAUAUAAACAGUUCCGGGACCCAAAAUGAUUACUGGCACCUAUUCCAGCCCAAGUCAAGCACUGCACAUAACCUCCCACUGCUAUCACCACACAUCAGGGGUGGACCUGACCCCUGACACACUCAAUACGAAAGAGUCUACACUAUGGUCUGUCACUGUCAGGGACUGAUGGACUGCAGUAGAGGCACUUUAUGGUCAUAAUAUAUGUACUACCUUUGAAGUCUUCUUAAAAUAUUAUGACAGAACAAUAGCUGCCCUAUAAAAACAGUGUCUGAUAUUAUAUCUAUGUUUUUUUGUCCUUUGCCUGUUUGAUGUUUGUUUUGUGUACCUGAGUGGACUUGAUAAGAAUUGUACAAUACCUGGAUUUUAGAGUGUAAGAUCUGAUGUUUUUAUUUAUGAAAUGACUGAAUGCCAAAGAAUGGUGUUUGGGUGUGUCCAUGCUGGGAAGUACAACUCAUUUCAUACAAAUGGCUUUAUUGGAUUUUUACAAAUACCAUUUUCACCAAUUUGGAAGUUAUAUCCCAGAACUCUAUGUCAGAUAAGUCCACACCGUAAACCCAAUCUGAGUUUGUGUUUUAUACAAAUUAAAUAACUUUAAAAAAUAAUAAUUUGAGUAUAACCGCUAUCUGUGUCCUUGAUAGUGUAGUUUGUCUUUUGUCCCCUGCUGUAUUAAUGACAUGUUUUGUGGGACACCGACCUUGCGUAAUGAUGUCAGAUAUGCACUUAAUUUGCCCAGCAUUGUCAUAAAUUAUUAUUGUAGAAUAAAUGGUGACGGUUUUAA